AUGCUCUCACUACUCUCUGAGCGUAAUCUGAUGUUUCUAAACUUUUGUCUUUGCAUCACAACGAAUACAAUCCUCAUCACUCUCAUUCUUCGUUUCACCAAACGCCAUAUGAUCACCUAUUCUCGGAUGAUGCUUAUUUUUGCCUGCUUUAACGUCUCCUAUUCAGCCAUUUGUGCAAUCAUUGAGCCGGUUCUCUUCGCAUACGACUAUGGGUAUGUGAUGUUCGCCUCUAGCCGUCUCGUCUCUUCAUCCCCAUUUUGGUCCUUACUCGGUCUUCUCCUUUAUGCCUCAGCUUAUGCUCAAUCGUUGGCUCUUCUUUGCUUUCAUUUCAUCUAUCGAUGGUCACUUAUUUGCAAAGUUCGUAAAGUCGUGGACACAAAUCCGUACAUUGUUUACACGGCGAUGUUGAUUGUUCACAUCUUGACUGCUCUCGUUUAUUCGCUCAUUGUCACCACUUUUCUCUUAGACGAUCAAUCAGUGAAAGAGGCAUUGAAAGACGCGUUUACGGCGAAUUUUCAAAACAAUAUUGAUUCAACAACGAUUCUCGGUGGAUUGUAUUUUCGUCGAAACCCAGAUGGUGGGAAAACAUUUCUAUUAAAAUCAUGGCUUGGCACAGCUUUCUGUCUUUUAUUCAUUUUCUCAACUUUUGUUGUAAUUGUCUACUGUGGAUUGAAUAUCCAUUGGACUCUUGCAUUGGAUUCAGCGAUGAGUAAAAAAGCGAAACGAAUUCAGAAGGGGAUCUUUCGAGCGCUUCUCGUUCAGACUCUAACUCCAACAAUUUUCGAGUACAUUCCCUCCGGUUUGAUCUUAAUUUGUCCAAUGUUCGGCUUCCCGCUUGACGCCUCGAUUAUCACGAUUUUUUUUGGAAUGUAUUCUUUUGCCGAGCCGAUGGGCACCAUAUUUUUUAUCAAAGACUACCGAAAUGCCAUCAUAAAACAGGUAAUUUUCUCGUAUGGCUACGGUUUUUUCAUGUUCUGUACAUCGGAUCUUGUGAUGGGUUCAAAAUUGCUUUCAGCGAUCGGCCUUCACAUCUAUGCCUCUGCCUAUGCUCAAUCUCUAGCCUUACUUUGUUUUCACUUUGUUUAUCGAUAUUCACUUAUUUGCCACCUCAAAUAUUUCCGUGACAUGUCUCAACGGGAAAUCAUCGCCAGCAUGAUUUUCUUCUAUAUGUUCAUCGCGUGCGGUUACGCUGGAAAUGUCUUCAUUUUCCUCUAUGAUAACCCGAUUGUGAUUCAAGAUUUCUCUUCACCAAUUGCCGAGACUUUUGAAGGAGAUAUUCGUGAGAUCAGCUCACUCGGAUGCGUCUAUUUUACAUUUAUUAAUGGAUUAAAGACAUUGAAUAUCAAAUCGUGGAUUGGGAUGGGCAUUUGCAUGUCAUUUAUCACUGGCUCGUUCACGAUUAUCAUUUUUUGUGGAGUGAAAAUCUUUACGACUCUCCAGGCAGCGACGAUGAGCAAAAAAACGAAAAAGUUGCAGAUGAGCCUUUUUAAAGCGCUCGUGGUACAGACAAUGAUCCCAGUUGCUUGCGAGUACGCGCCAGCGGGUGUCGUCCUCCUUCUACCGAUCUUCAACCUCUCCGUUGACACCACUUUUGUCACCGUUUCUUUCGGUGUCUAUUCUUUUGUCGAACCGUGUGCGAUGAUCUAUUUCGUGACCGAUUACCGGAAUGCAUUUUUGCGAAAGUUAUGUAUCCCAGAAAAAGUAAAGAGCAAUAUGAUGGGCGAGGGUGAGAUACCAAGUCCCUCGUUUGUUCUCCCAAAAUGGCCAUCGAUGGUGCAAUUGCCGAAGCUGAAACCCGGCACGCAAAUCAUACGAAUCACUUCGGCUUUA